AUGGGCGAACUUGAGAAAGUUAACGUGGCUGUUGACAAGGACGCCAUGAGUCUUGAAGGCAAUACCCGAGUUUCGAGCGAUGAUGCCCUGCGUCUUGCGCAGUUAGGUCAUACGCAGGAACUCCGACGACAGUAUUCUCUGUUUUCGCUCUGUGCUCUAUGCGUUUGUCUCAUGGCGACGUGGGAAGCUCUAUCCUCUGUCGUCGCCACAGCUCUCAUCAGCGGCGGAGCACCAUGUCUCUUCUACAACUAUCUACUAUCAGCAGUAUGCUCCAUCUGCAUCGCAAGUUCUCUUGGCGAAAUCGCUUCGAUCUAUCCUACAGCUGGAGGUCAAUAUCACUGGGUAGCUGCCCUUUCGCCCGCUUCCAUUCGAUCGACCGCGGCUUGGGUCACCGGCUGGGUCAGCAUCGGCGGACAAGUUGUUCUCACAUCGUCUGCUGCCUUUGCCGCCGGGCUACAAAUGCAGGCUCUCAUAAUCGUCAACAACGAGACGUAUGUCCCUGAGCGUUGGCGCGGCAUGCUGUUCUACUGGGCUGUUCUCGUCUACGCCCUUGUUCUCAAUAUCUGGGGGGACAGACUUCUUCCGCACAUCAACACUGUGUCGGGCGCCAUUCAUGUCAUUGGCUUCGUCACCAUCGUUGUCGUCCUCGGUGUCAUGGCUCCCAAGAACACGGCUUCGUUUGUCUUUACAGAGGUCACCAACUCUAGUGGCUGGGCCGACGAUGGUGUAUCAUGGCUCGUCGGCCUCUUGUCUGCCGUGUAUCCCUUCCUCGGAUACGACGCUGCCUGCCAUUUAGCAGAAGAAAUGCCCCACGCCAGCCGCAACGUCCCCCUCGCAAUGGUAGGCAGCGUGACCAUCAACGGUCUCAUGGGUCUCGUCUACUGCAUCAUCUUCCUCUUCUCAACCGGCCCCCUCGAGAAACUUCUCGCAACACCCACUGGCUUCCCCUUCAUGCAGAUCUUCCUUGACGCGACAAAGAGUCAAGCUGGCUGCACUGUCCUCUCUGUCAUCAUCACAUGCACUGCUGUUGCGGCGACUGUCGCUGGUACUACAUCUACCUCGCGAACCCUAUGGGCUUUUGCGAGAGACAAGUCAACGCCGUUUGACAAACAACUCAGCAAGGUCGACAAACGUCUUCAGAUCCCUGUUUACUCUGUCGUGGUUGUUAUUGUUCUUCAGAUGCUGCUUGGUCUGAUCUAUCUCGGCAACACCACUGCCUUCAAUGCCAUUCUGUCCAUGUCGAUCAUUGGCAUGUAUGUCAGCUAUGCUUUUCCCAUCAUCGCUAUGCUCUUUGCCAGGAAGAGUAUCCAGACUUCCAAUGGCUUUGGACCUUUCAAGCUCGGACGUAUCGCUGGCCCAGCUGCCAACGUCAUCAGCUUGGUAUGGAUCACUGUUGUUGUAAUCUUUAGCACUUUCCCAUCUGCUAUGCCAGUCACACCUCAGAACAUGAACUACUCCAUCGUUGUUUUGUCUGGGUGGCUCUUUGCUGGUAUUGCGUACUAUGUCUUCCGUGGCAAGUACAAGUUUGAGGUUCCCGUCGUUGACCUUGAUGUUGUCGAAGGUCUUCGUGACGGAACUCAUGACAAGUAA